AAACAGAGUCGCUACAGGAUGCGUUGCGAUAAUACACAAAUCACAUUUAAUAAAUGCGCUUCUCUCUUUGUACUUUUAGUAACACUAAUCGGCUCCCACUUGCCGAUGGCAUGGCGCAUGUCUUGCCAAUUUUAUCUGAACAACACAAUCCCGCACGAUCAUUGCCGCGGUGCCGCGGCACACAAAUGUUUUUGUUGCUUUGCAUUCGGCGUAUUAUUUACAUCUGCCAGAUAUUUGUCACCCGUCUUCGCGAAUGUCGCGUGGGCCGCCCCACUAGCGAAGAAACGCUUCAUUGGGACGCGCUACCAUGGGAACGGCAGCAAAGUCCAUGCUAACUCGGUCGCUCAUAUGCUUACCGAUUGAACUGGAUAUAGGAUCAAUCUCAGUUUCCAUUUAUCCAGCGAACGAAGAGGAUCUUCCGUUUUGUGUUCUGCUAGCCGAUUUGACUAGUGCUAAUAGAGCGUCUAAUUAACCGAUGGGUCAAGUAACAUCUCGCACCCUUGACGCGGAUGAAAUCCGUCGGUUGGGUAAACGAUUUAAGAAGCUCGAUCUCGACAAUUCGGGCGCCCUGAGCAUUGAUGAGUUUAUGUCCCUGCCUGAACUGCAGCAGAAUCCGUUGGUGCAGCGCGUGAUCGACAUCUUCGAUGCGGACGGUAAUGGUGAGGUCGAUUUCAAGGAGUUCAUCCAAGGCGUGUCGCAAUUCAGCGUGAAAGGUGACAAACUAUCGAAGCUAAAAUUUGCCUUCCGAAUAUACGACAUGGAUAACGAUGGAUACAUCUCGAACGGGGAACUGUUUCAGGUGUUAAAAAUGAUGGUCGGUAACAACCUAAAGGAUACGCAGCUGCAGCAGAUCGUGGACAAGACGAUCGUGUUCGCCGACAAGGAUGAGGAUGGCAAGAUUUCGUUCGACGAGUUCUGUUCGGUCGUGGGCAAUACGGAUAUUCACAAAAAGAUGGUCGUGGAUGUUUAAAGCACCCCGUUUCCGCCUAACCUCUUCCACCAACGGGCUCAGGAGCGCGCACGUGCAAGGCCUGCCUCCAUUUUAGAAGUGGUCUGUACCAGUCGAGCACGGCACUAAUGAAACUCGUAUCUCUUACCCAACCACACUGGGAAAAACAAGAGGCAACACGGCGUCGUCGUCGUCGUCGUCGUCGUCCUGCAAGCUUCGUCUAAAACUAUUGCAAUUAUCUGCACCAUUACAUCCUUACCCCGUAUCGUAUCGUUGCGAAUGACGAUGAGAAUCGUGUGUGGGAUUACUAGUUGGGUAAUUUCUACACCAAUUUACCUUAUGGGUUUUUUUAUCCAUCCACCAGCAAAACGCAGACACACGCACUAAAUCGCUAAAAAUUCAUAUUUAGAAACGCUCACAUCAUCCCGCUGUGUUGCGUGGUUAAUUAAAUGCGAGGAAAAACGAGAGCAUAUUCAUAGCACGUCGGAUGCCAGAAUCGUCAGAAUAGGUAGGAUCGAGGUGGUGAUGUUGUGUUUUGUAAGCUAUCCAGUGUUUUGUUUCGUUUUUACUACAAUCUUCCUAUACCAGUUCUAUUCGUCGUCCAGGAACAAUGAUUCUGUUUUCUGUUUUUAAUUUCCUUUGUUCGUAAUUGUUUAAGAAAGAGGCAACAUAAUGCUUUACACCUAUAUAUUUACACAUUGUUGUUGAUAUGUCUCUUUGUGCAUUAGUCUGUGAAACUUCGUUAUUAACCGUUUUUAAAACCACAAGAAACGAUGAAUAUAUGCUUAGCAUUACGUUGUAUAGUUUUGUUUUUUGUUUCAAUCAUUACACUUAUCGUAUUAUCUAGACCAAUGUAGUUAAGUAAUAAUGAUAUACAAAAUAAAAUGUGCGAUCUAUGCGAUGGAAAAAGGAUUAGUGUGUAAUUUGCAGCAAGUCACAUACAGCUCUAAUGAAAGAUCCUCAAUGCAGUAACCUUCCAUUGGCCAUAUAAAUAUAACAGACGGCAUUUGUUUUACCUCACCUCUCCUGUUCAUUAUGGAAGGACUUCUUUUCAUUUCGCUUCCCAAAUUCACUCUAUUGUGUACGUUUUGUUUUCUUAUGUUUCCUUUACUCUUAGCAGUGAGUAAGAGCGUAAAGUGUGAAUAGUAAUUCAUGAUAACAAAAACAAACAAAAGCAGAAAACAACACGCGCAUGGAUAGGCCAGUAAGAAUAUUUAAUUGAAAAAAAAAUGGCAUUGAUAAUUUAAGCAACAAACUUCGACCGUUAAUCUAAUGUUUAAACCAAAAGAAAGAAGGAAUUAUUAACACUCGUAAGAUGCAUUGUUGCGGUGUGCAAAACUGAGGCUAUGGCAAAUAUAAAGAUACACAGCAUUAAAUUAUCGAGAGAUGGAAAAAAUACACCCAUUCACAUUCACAUAGUCGAAUAUUAAAAACAUGCUUUUUGAAGUAUUGAAAAUUGAUGAAAAUAUGCAAUCAUUAGCCACACAACACGAAGCACAUUGUUUGACAAAAAAAAGACAAACCAAUUUGCGAUACGUUGCAAACGAUUUAGAGCGUUUAAGGAAAACGUAUUGCAGACUGCUGUUAACAUGUUUUUUUUUGAAAGCAAGUGCAUGUUUCGAAACAUUGUAACUUUUUACGGAAGCGUUUUCAGUUAGAAGCACAUAACAACAAACAAAAUAGAAGAAGAAAGCAAAUCGUACUUAUGCAUAUGUGAAUCAACAACACUUAAAACUGAAUUGCAAGUUUGUUAACAUAGUUCUUAACAUACGAUGUUUAUCUACGCGGUAAAGUAUUCAUACUUCUACACAACAGACGAUCGUGGCAAAAAAGGCUCUUCGUUUGUUUUUCCUUUUGAAUAGCGUUUAAUAAUGAAAACCCAGCGCCGAUUACGUGUUUCAUAGUUCACAGAUAAGCAGCAGGGAUGUGUUGGGGCCGUUCUAGCUUAUUUUUGGCAAUAUGCCUUCCUUUUCAAACUAACAAAAUCACAACCGCGAAUUACACGUGUAUCAGAUGUACAAGUAAAAACGGUGCUUUUGUUCGUAAAGGGCCAUAUUUUCCCGUUGGAUCAGAUUCUUAGGUUAGGAGUAAAUUUACUUGCAAAGAUAGAGAGAGAGGGUGUGUUGUGCCGUAAGCAUAUACCUACUAAAACCAAACCACAAACCGUAUCGUGAUGCGAUAAAAUGAAUUAUCUGCACAUUUAAACAACACGUUUCUAACACUAUUAUUAUGAUGGCACGGACGGUUUUAUCUGGUCGGCAACUGAAACUUGCACGGGCUUGUCCCAAUACUCUCCCACCCCAAUAGGGAGGAAUGAAGAGAACCUUGAUGCCAUUUAACAUCAUCAUCGCUAACUGGGAUGGUGGUGUUAUAACAGUUUAACUUACAUAUAAGUGUCGUUUUCAACGGUGAUCGGUCUUGACACGAAACACCACGAAUCUCUCUCCAAAAACAAAGAUUAAAACAACCCCCACCCCCCACACACACACACACCAGGUCUUGUAAAUCGAUCCUAAAUGGCGCAUCUUUUGAAUUGAAUUCUUCAUUCAUCAGUGUCAUUUUCGCAAAUAUUCGCACUAAACAUAAUCGAAUAAUCGAAAUCAUAUACCGAAGGAGGAAAUGAAGCUAACGUCAAUGGCGGCGGCAAAUUUAUCUCUAACCAAUGUGCUCUACGAAUAAAACAGCCAGACCUAUAUCUGAAAGACGUUCAAGAUGCAUUCCA